AUGGAAUUACACGCUAUAUGCAGAAAUGUGGUUGCUCUAGCUGAAACAGGUUCUGGGAAAACUGGUGCUUAUGCCUUGCCUAUAAUUCAGGUUCAGGCUCAGUUUCAUGCACUUGGAAAAAACAUCGGUUUGUCUACAGCUCUAUUGGUGGGUGGUGUCCCUAUUACUCAGCAGUCUGAUUUAAUGAAAGUAUCACCUCCCCAUGUUGUGAUUGCUACACCUGGUCGAUUUGUUGACCACUUAAAGAAGACCAAAGGUUUUGAUGAGUUAAGAUUUUCGAAUUUACGAAUAUUGGUCAUUGAUGAAGCAGAUAGAAUGCUUGGCGUUGACUUUGAAUCUGUCAUCGAAAAAAUCUUAUGUAUUGUCCCUGCACGACGUCAAACCUUCUUGUUCUCUGCUACCAUGACUGAUAAGGUUGGGAAGCUCCAAAGAGCUUCGAUUCAUGACCCAGUUCGUGUGACUACACGUAAAAGUAAAUUCCAAAGUUUGACUAACUUACGUCAGUAUGUUCAUUUGGUACCUCAGUGUGAAAUAGACUCAUACUUAGUCUAUUUCCUUCGUGUCGCUCUUUGUCCUGAAAUUCAAGUUCCUGGUUUAGAUCUGAUCAAGCUUCAAUCUACUUCAACGGAAAAUUUAGACUGUGAUAAUCAAUCAUUUAUGUCAACCUCUGUGAUUGUGUUCACCCGAACUCGUGUAGCCAGUAAUCGACUGAAUCUGUUGUUGCGUCAAUUUCUUCGUCAACCUGUCAUAGCACUUAAUGGAGAUAUGCCUCAAGCUCAGCGAUUAGGUGCACUGCACAAAUUUAAACGAACUCAAGGUGCAGUUCUCGUAGCUACAGAUGUGGCAAGCCGUGGUUUAGAUAUUCCACAAGUAGGGUUAGUGGUGAAUUACGAUGUGCCCUUAGAUGCGAAAAUCUACAUGCAUCGAGUUGGACGAACUGCUCGAGCUGGUCGCCUUGGUUGUGCUUUAACAUUACUUACCCAAUACUCUGUUACGUUCUUCUUGAAGGAGAUUGAAUCGCACUUGAUAUCUGCUGGUGGUCUUGGUCAUGAAAGGAUUCCUGCAUUAGUUGAACCAAAUAGUUCAGUAGAUAAACAGUUAGAAAAAGCUAUUGAGGAGUUAAAUAUAGGAGUAAAAGAGGCAUCUCUUAGAGCGAAUCAGGCAGUGGAGUCAAUGAGAAAACGUGUAAAAUCUAAAGGUGUUACCAUAUUUACAGCUGUUGACGAUUUGCCUACACCCAAUAUCAAUGAAAUAGCUACUAAGCCUGGUUUAAAACGAACAUCUUGGGCAUCUGAAGCACCUGCCUCUAAAAAGCAAGAAAUUUCAGAAGUUAUGAGUGCAAUGUCAACUGUUCCUGGAGAGCAAACAAAUGAAAAUGAUUACAUGUCAACUAGCAUUAACAAGCAGAAGAAACGUAGAAAUAUUUCUAACACAAAGGAGAAAAGUCACAUUAAUAGUAAUAAUAGUAAAAAGAAUAAGAGUAGAACUUCUAAACCUGGAAAACCAUUCAGAAAGCAUGGCAAACAUAAAUAA